AUGGCAACUUACUCGCUGGGUCUCCUCUUCGCCGUCCUCGUCUGCACCUGUGCACUCAACGCUCUUGCGGCUCACGACCUCGCUGACCAGUCCAUGUCCAUGGUGGCAAGGCAUGAGCAGUGGAUGUCCAAGUACGGCCGCGUCUACAUGGACGACGCCGAGAAGGCGCGGCGGUUCGAGGUUUUCAAGGCCAAUGUGGCCUUCAUUGAGUCGGUCAAUGCCAGGAACCACAAGUUCUGGCUCGAGGCCAACCGAUUUGCCGAUCUUACCGACGACGAGUUCAGGGCCUCACGGACUGGUUACAAGAAGCCGGCCAGCAAGGGCUGGACGACGGGGUUUCGGUCUGCGAAUGUCAGCCUUGAUGACCUUCCAGCCUCUGUGGACUGGAGGACGAAAGGAGCGGUCACGCCCAUCAAGGACCAAGGCGAAUGCGGGUGUUGCUGGGCGUUCUCCACGGUGGCGUCCAUGGAGGGCGUCGUCAAGCAGAGCACCGGGAAGUUGAUCUCUCUGUCAGAGCAGGAACUCGUGGACUGCGACGUGAAUGGCAUGGACCAGGGCUGCGAGGGUGGGGAAAUGGACGACGCCUUCCAGUUCAUCAUCGACAACGGCGGCCUCACCACCGAGACCAACUACCCAUACACGGCAUCCGACGGCAGCUGCAACUCCAACAAGGAGUCCAACGAAGCCGCGUCCAUCAAAGGGUACGAGGAUGUGCCGGUCAAUGACGAGGAGUCUCUGCGCAAGGCGGUCGCCAACCAGCCAGUGUCGGUCGCCGUCGACGGAGGGGAUUCCCACUUCCGGUUCUACAAGGGCGGGAUCCUUUCCGGCGCCUGCGGUACGGAGCUUGACCACGGGAUCGCUGCGGUCGGGUAUGGUGUGGCGAGUGAUGGCACCAAGUAUUGGCUGAUGAAGAACUCAUGGGGCACGUCAUGGGGUGAGGACGGGUAUAUCAGGAUGGAGAGGGACGUCUCCGACCAGGAGGGUAUGUGCGGCCUCGCCAUGCAGCCUUCCUACCCGACAGCGUAG